AUGCUCACGUGGUCGCAGCAGCUCGGCGGCCGGCCGGCGGAGCUGGAGAAGCUCCCGUCAGACCACUACCUGCCGGAGCGCUACCCGCAGAUCUGGAAGCGUGCGUGCGACGCAGCCAUCUCACAGGCUGUGUUGAUCAAUCUCACGGCGCGGCAGCGGGAGCUGCCUUCGUGCUCCUCCGCCAAGAGACGAGCUGGUCUGGGAAGGAUGACGGUUGGGCAGCACAUACACGGUCUCUCUGGCGCCGCCUUUAGCUCCAGGGCGGUGUGCGCUCUGGAGGCGCCUCGCGGCCGCCCUGGCCGGGCGUCCCAAACCAGCGCUUCCCCGCGCUGGGACCGCUUCCUCUGGCUCGCCGCCUACACGCAGCUCAUCUCGCGCCCGUCAGAGGCGACGCUCGCUUGGGCGGCGGAGCGGCGGCGGGAGCUGCGGCCGCAUCUCGCGGGCCCGUGCGCGCGCUUCCCGGCCGUGUCGUUGCAGGCGCGGCGCGGAGACAAGUGCAACAGCGCGAACGCGCGGAUGCGGCCGCAGCACUCCUUCUCGUGCGGAGGCCUCGCGGCGUACUUGCCCGCGCUGCGGGCCAUCCGGCACGCCUACGGCUCGCGCGCCGCUCCUGCGCGCUGCGCGUCGCCACGGAUGGCCGGGGCGCUGCCUGAGCUGGAGGGGUGGCACGUGCUCUACCACGCCUUCAACCGCACCGCGCACGAGGCGCAGCGCUGCGAGCCGAUGCCCGUCUGCCAGUGGAUCGAGUACCGCCGCGAGAAGCUCGGCAUCGACACGGCGGGCAUGGGCUUCUCCCUCGCCGCCGACCUGCACCUGCUGGCGGGCGGCGGCGUCUUCGUCGGCCAGUUCGACUCAGAGACGGGGCGGAUCGCCUACCUGCGCAUGGCCGCGCGCCUCGGCCUCGCCCCUCCCUUCUGGCACUACCAGUCGACAAAGGAGCGCGCCCGCGCCUGGCACCCGUUUACGCGGCGGCCGCGCAUGUGGGCGGAGGUCUAG